UAAUAAGACUUCCAUUUUAUGACUUUUUUUUUUUUUUUUAUUGUGGUAUAGGAACAUACAAAUAAUUAUGAUCAAUAUUUACAUAGUAGUGACACACUUACACAAUACCAAGUUUGUAAUUUUAAGGUAUAAGGUCGAAUUCUCUCAACUGUGAUGCUUGGAGAUAGGGAUUUCCCUUACUUUUCCCUUUACUCUCAAGGCCCACAAAUACUAUACCAAGAGGCAAGAACAACAUGCAAAUUGAGGUCUGAAUAGAGUUAUUUUCUUUACUAUCUAAAUAAAAGUUACACAAUAACUUAGUAGUGUAUUACUAUUUACUUAUGUAUAAAAGAGAAGAUGGACUACAUUAUCUAUUUAGGUAAAAGAUAAAAAAGUGUGUAAUUUCUCUACCAGGGGCUAAUAGCCUAAUCUAUCAAAAAGAUUUAAGAAUGCCCGAUCUGAAUCCGACAUGAUUUUUGUUUGUCGGGAAAUACUAUCAAAUUAAAGCUUGCUGAGCAAAAUGGAAAUUGAUCACUCCUAAUUACUAUUGGUUUUUUUACCGAAAUGAAACAAAGAAUAGAGAUAUUCCUAGCAACUAGCAUAAAAGGUCAACCGUGAAUCUUGGAUUUGUUUCUGCAUCAUAUAAAGCCUUGCGAGUAUCUGCUUGUAUAUACUAGCAAUUAGGCAAUUAACUGAGCACACAAACACAAUCGAGCAGAUAGAUCAGCAAAUAGGAAAAGAAUGGAGUCUGAGAUUAAGAAUUUCAUGAAGAUCUGGUUAUUCGCAAUUUGUUCAGCUUGUUACUCCCUGAGUUUAUCCAGAAUAUUCCACAUCCGAAGCGGCAUUCCAAGGUUACUCUUCAUCCUCCCCAUCAUCUAUCUCUUUACUGUUCUCCCUUUAUCUCUCUCUUCUUUUCAUCUUGGUGGUCCCACUAUCUUCUUCCUUGUUUGGCUUGCUAAUUUUAAACUUCUUCUUUACGCCUUUGAUCUUGGUCCUCUUUCUACUAAUCCAAUUACAAACAACAACAACAACAACAACAACAACGUUAAUUCCCUAUCUCUCUCUCAUUUCAUUUCCAUUGCUCUUCUUCCCAUUAAAGUCAAUCAACAACAACCAUCAAAACCCACAAAUAAUAAGUGGAAGUCUGUUCUCAUCAUUGCCUUCAAAUUACUGGCAUUUGCUCUUGUCAUCAAAAUCUAUGACUUUACCCAACAUUUACCCAAAUUUCUUCUAUUGAUUAAUUACUGCUGUCAUCUUUACCUUGGUGUUGAGGUAACUUUAGCUGUUGUUGCAGCCAUAGUUCGGGCCACUUUGGGCUUGGGCCUUGACCCACAGUUUAAUGAGCCUUAUUUGGCCACAUCACUUCAGGAUUUUUGGGGCCGUAGAUGGAAUCUGAUGGUGUCAGACAUCCUACGCCUCUCCGUUUUUAACCCCAUCCGACGUGUCUUCUCUCCAUUGGUUGGCAAGAGGUGGGCCCUGGUAGUUGGAAUGAUUGCGGCAUUUACUGUGUCUGGCCUCAUGCACGAGCUCAUCUUCUAUUAUUUCACACGUGUGAACCCCACGUGGGAAGUCACGUGGUUUUUUGUAUUACAUGGGAUGUGUACGGCGGUUGAAGUGGUGGUUAAGGAGGCAGUUGGUGGUCGGUUGCAGUUGCAUCGGUUGAUUUCGGGGACGUUGACGAUUGGGUUUGUUGCAGUUACGGCGUGGUGGCUUUUUUUACCUCAAAUCAUAAGAAAUGGUGUGGAUGUCAAAGUCAUUAAUGAGUAUCCUGUAAUGUUUAGCUUUGUCAAACAACACAUUUUUUUUUGUUUCAAAAACUGAUUCAAUUUUCGAUUGUUUCUCACUACAAUAGCAUGCUCAGUCUUGGAAUGCUUUCAGUACAAUAGUUCAGUUUUUUUAUUAUCUAAGUAGUUUCUUUUAUGAUGUAAUUUUUCAUCUUAAUCAUAAUUCAACUUGGUUGCUUCAUUUCAAUUUUUAACUUAAUACAUUUUCUGUCUUUA